GAGACGUCGGCGGCGGGAGCGGGAGGUGGCGACGCGUGGAAGGGGAGCGAGGCCGCGGUGGCGCGCUGCAUGUGCAGCAUGCACGGCGACCCAUACGCGCACGGGACAGGCCCACUCUCCCACGGGCCACGGCCACACCUAGCUACAUUGCGCUGCCGCCGCCCGCGCACGCAGAUCAAUCGAUUUAGCCACCAUGGAUACGGAUGCGAUUCGCGGCGGGGAGACCAUGGCGGCGGCGGCGGAGGGUCAUCGGGACAGCGGCGCGGGAGGGAAGCCGGCGGGAGGGGGCGGCCGGAAGCACCUCUCCUCCGUCGCCAACAACGUGCUCCAGCAAUGCUCCCAGACUUUGGACAGAAGCGUGGAUGAUCUAGUCGCGGACUUCGAACUGGACCUGAAGACCGUUGCGGUGGAUAACUAUUCAAGAAGACUAGUUGAGUAUUGCAGCCUUCAGGCUCUGCAAUCUUUAACAUCCCCUGAUCUAGGAGAUGCGAUUCAUGAGGGAUCGCUUAGUCGGUUCACAUUUGAUAUGAUGCUAGCUUGGGAGACCCCCACUCCUUCGGAUCAACAAGUUACCAUGGAGAGCAUAGCGAAAGAAAGAGAAGAUAGGAAGGAGCCACUUGGAGCAAACGAAGCUGUGAUGGGUGACGAGACAUCACUGUUCUAUUCAGAUAUAAUGCCCCUUCUUGUGAACGAAGAACCGACUGUUGGAGAAGAUGCAUAUGUUUGGUUUGGAUCUGUUUUCCCUUUGGCUUGUGAUGUUGUCAACGCCCGGUUCACUUUUGAAGCCCUCACAGCUACCACAGCUAACAGGCUCCACUAUCCUGCUUAUGACAAAUUCCUGAGAGAAAUGGAUAAGUCCUUCAAGUUCUUGCAAAACUUGCCAGCUCCAACUGGAGUUGAACUUGCUGAAGAUGAACUCAUUUUGCACAUCGAGGGUACAGCAGGAACUCAAAGGGUGGUGCGGCACAUUGGAACCUCCAGUUGGCCAGGCAGGCUGACCCUGACAAACAAGGCGCUGUAUUUUGAGGCUUCUGGCAAAAUUUCAUAUGGGCCAGCUUUCAAGGUCGAGCUUUCGAACACUGAAAUGGAUCAACAAGUUACACCUGCUUCGACAGGUCCUUUUGGCGCACCUUUGUUUGACAAAGCCAUUGCAUUCGAGUCACUACCAGAACCUCUGGUUUUGGAGUUUCCAGAGAUGACCAGCUCAACAAGAAGGGAUUUGUGGCUUACCAUGAUAAGAGAAGUAAUCUUUCUCCACCGUUUCAUAUCGGUGUACAAUAUAGAAUCCCCCAUUCACAAAUGGGAGGUACAUUCAAGAAUCACAUUGGGAGUAAUAAGGCUCCAUGCUGCAAGAGAGAUGCUAAGGAUGUCACCUCCAUCACCUUCUAGCUUCUUAAUAUUCUCACUAUAUGACGACCUUCCAAAAGGUGAUUUUGUGCUCGAACAACUAGCGAACAAUCUGAAAGAGACGUCGACCAUAACUUCGUUCAGUGCAUCCUAUGUGUUCAAGGGUCUAGGCAAGUCCCAACCAAUCGCGUUGAGUGCGGAGAUGGCAAAAGAACACGACAGGGACUCAAGUAGCCAUGAGAAACCCUCGUCUUCCCUCGGGAACACUAUAGAUCAAGUAAGAGAUGAGGCCAGGGAAGUUACGGUUGCUAAUGCUGCUAUUGAAGGGAUGAAGGAAGAAGGUGUCACUGAUAGCCUUCUUGUAUUAGUGGGGUUGGUAAGCCCCAUCAGCAAACUGGGUCCAGUGAUCCAAGAGAUAACCUCGUGGGAUAGACCGCACGUCGCCGGCAGUGUCCUUGCUGUAACUUUGCUGAUCAUAUACAAAGAGUGGGUCGGUUACGCGUUGGCUGCAUGCCUGAUGCUGGCGGUGGGCGCGAUGGUCUGGGCCAGGCAGAGAAAGAUUGGCGUCAUAUGCUCGGAGGUGAUCAUCGAUACUUCGUCAGACAAGACAACGAUGGAAAGCAUAGUGGAAGCACAGCACAGCAUGAAAAAGGUGCACGAGUACAUCAAGACAGCAAACGUUGUGAUCCUCAGGCUAUGGUCCAUUGUUCUGGCCAGGUCACCUAAGCACACGGAGACGGUGAUAUGGAUGCUGACCGGGCUCGCGGUCGCGCUGGCCGUGAUCCCUCUGAAGUACGUCCUGAUGGGUCUGACGGCGGGCUGCUUCUUGGCGAACACGAGGAUCGUGAAGGCUGUGUCGAACCCGCGAGGCGGCCGGCGAUGGAGGGAGUGGUGGGAGUCCAUUCCCGCCGUCCCAGUUCAUACGGUCGACAGUCACAAGGGCGAGCAACGAACCUCUUGAUGAAACGAAGGCAGAGAUGGAACUCCUUGGCCUCUUGUGGCUAUAUAUAUACGUAUAUACACGCUCGUAGCUUCGUUUAUGGUUUUUACACUACCGUCGGUUUUCAACGGUGUAAACAGUUUGACUCUUGAACAGCUCGAAGCUGGAACAUAGAAAGGCGGUACACUUUGUCAGUGUAGGAAUAUAAAUAAAUGUGUAACCAAGUUUCCAAA